AUGGUAGGAAAUCAACGAGACAACCAGCAAAGCUUACUUGAUCUUAGUACUAUUGCACUUGGCAUAUGGUGUGAUAAAAUUGUUGGCUACCAAUUUCCACAAGCUAUUGGACUUAUAUAUUUUGGUGCUGAUAUCAUUUCAAUUAAUCAGAAGUGUCCAAUCUCGAAAGAUCUGAGCCAACUUGAGAAGGCAUCAAGCAAUCUACCAAAAUGUGGCAGUACGACUCCUAUGUACGAUGCUAUCGAAAUGGCUGUUCAAUCAAUUAUUGGCUUUCGCAAGGAUAACGAAAAGCAAUUGAGUACUGAAUGUCGUUCUCUGAUUGUUUGUUUUUCAGAUGGUGAAGACAAUAGCAGUGUAAAAGCAUCAUUUGAAACAAUUAAAUCGAAAUUAAAAAAUGAAAAGAUUGUUUUCGAUGCCAUUGCGUUUAUGAAACAUGAAUCGUCAAACCUAGUUCAACUCUGUGAGGCUACAAAAGGAUUCUACUAUAUAAAUGUACCUUAUGAUAAAAUGGAGAUGGCAAAGUUAUUUGAACGCGAAGCAUCACUUAUGCUUUAUCAACCUGCCAUUAAUGUUAUGAAUGCAAAAAUGAAUAUAAGUCAAGUGUCGGCAAUGUCAAAUCGUAGGGUAUCAAAAGAACUUGAUGAUUUGAAAAAAUCAUCUUUAGAUAAUUUUACUGUCUUUUUAACGCAAGAAAAUCUACUCUUCUGGAAAGUUAUUAUGAAAGGACCCGAUGGUACACCAUAUGUUGGUUAUUAUUGGUUGCUGUCAGUAGAAUUUUCAUCUGACUUUCCUUUUCAGCCACCUAAUAUACGCUUCAUAACGCCUAUUUAUCAUUGUAAUAUCAAUGAUGAUGGUCGCAUCUGUCAUGAUAUUUUACAAAGCCAAUGGUCUCCUCAGACAACAAUGCGAGUUGUAUUUCAAGAGAUACUCAAUUUAAUACGUGGUCCCAAUCCUGAUUAUGCUCUUUCUGCAGUGAAAGAUGCUCAGUACAAAUCAAAUCGUUGGGAUUAUGAAAAAUCGAUUAAAGAUCUGAAUGAGAAAGAAGCAAAGAAAACAAUUGCUGAAAUCAUGAAAGACUAUAAAUUAACUGAAAAUUAA